AAACUCGUCACUGCGCAUGCGCUUCUCUAAAUACAGCCCAGUGUGUGUGUGGUGACAGCUGUCCUGAUGAUAUCAAUGAACGUCCCCAGCGGCAAUCACAACCCGCAGAGCAAAUACGGCAAGAAGCACAAAAAGAAGAGCAAGAAGCACCGCAGAGCGGCCGACGUGGACAUCUCCAGCUUGGAGCUGCAGCCCCAGAGUUCCAACAGCGUAGACGAAGUUCAUAUCCUCACAAUUCACAGGCAUCCUGCUGCAACCAGGACACCUUCACCUCCUCUGCUUCAUCUUUCUCAAAGUCCUCCUGACCUUCAGCCUGCUGUCCUAUUUUCACCAUCCAUACCCAUACCACUCGUUCCCACCAAUCAGGCAUCGCCUUACUCAGAAACUUCACCCACAUCUGGCUCUCAUCUUGCUACUGCACUCUCCUCAUCCAUACCCAUACCACAAACUAAGCAACCAAUACCAUCCUCAGGAAGUCCACCCUCUCCUGAGUUUUAUCCCUCUGCUCCUCUCUUCCCAUCCAGACCCAUAUUACAGAUCCCAGUCAAAAGGAUAAAUCCAGUCUCAAAAUCUCCACCCAUACCUGAUCUCCAUCCUCCUGCUACAGUCUCCCCAUCUAUACCUACACCCCAAACCCCAACCGAACAGUUGAAUGAAGCCUCACAAACUCCACCCAUACCUGAUCUCCAUCCUCCUGCUACAGUCUCCCCAUCUAUACCUACACCACAAACCCCAACCAAACAGCUGAAUCAAGCCUCAAAAUCUCCACCCAUACCUGAUCUUCAUCCUCCUUCUACAGUUUCCCCAUCUAUACCUACACCACAAACCCCAACCGAACAGCUGAAUCAAGCCUCACAAACUCCACCCAUACCUGAUCUUCAUCCUCCUGCUACAGUCUCCCCAUCUAUACCUACACCACAAACCCCAACCAUACAGCUGAAUCAAGCCUCAAAAACCACACCCACACCUGACUUUUUUCCUUCCGUUAUGGUCUCCUCAUCUAUACCCACACCACAAAUUUCAGCCGAACAGCUGAAUCAACCUUCAGAAACUCCUCUUUCUCUUGACCUUCAUCCUGCUGCUCCACUUUUCCCAUCCACUCCCACACUACGGGCCCCAACCAGACCGCCAACAACCCCAUCGGAAACCCCACUCUCUUUAGUCCUUCAGCCCACUGCCCCACUCUGCCUAUCUACACCUGUAUCAAGGAUCCCAAGCAAACAGCCGCCACCUUCAUCAGAAGCUCCACCCACUUCUGAUAGCCCUUCUCUGUGUGUGCUUCCUGAUCAGUUCACUAUCCCUCCCACACCAUCUGUCACCUCAGCCAAAACCCCCCCAUCCCAGGCCCUCAGCCCUCCACCGCCUGAAUACACUCCACCCCCUCCAGAGCUCCUGGGAUCAGAUGAUGAGGAACAGGAAGACCCUACUGAUUACUGCAGAGGUGGGUAUUAUCCAGUGAAGAUAGGAGACCUGUUCAAUGGGCGGUACCAUGUUGUCAGGAAGUUGGGCUGGGGACACUUCUCCACCGUCUGGCUGUGCUGGGACCUCCAGAGGAAGCGAUUUGUGGCUCUCAAGAUCGUGAAAAGUGCUCAGCAUUACACGGAAACAGCUCUGGAUGAGAUCAAGCUGCUUAAAUGCGUGCGAGACAGCGACCCCACUGACCCUAAACGAGAGACUAUAGUACAGCUGAUUGAUGAUUUCAAGAUAUCUGGCAUUCACGGUGUCCAUGUUUGCAUGGUUCUGGAGGUUCUUGGCCACCAAUUACUGAAAUGGAUCAUCAAGUCCAACUACAUGGGCUUGCCCCUGGUCUGCGUGAAGAGCAUACUCCACCAGGUCCUGCAGGGUUUGGACUACCUCCACACCAAAUGCAAGAUUAUCCACACAGACAUCAAGCCAGAGAACAUCCUACUCGAAGUGGAUGAGGUGUACGUCCGGAGGCUGGCCGCCGAGGCCACCAUCUGGCAGCAGGCCGGAGCGCCACCCCCCUCUGGCUCCUCUGUUAGCACCGCCCCCAGGGACAAACAGACAGGCAAGAUCUCUAAGAACAAGAAGAAGAAGCUGAAGCGCAAGGAAAAGAAGCAGCAGAAGCUGCUGGAGGAGAGGUUGCUGGACCUUCAGAGGAUGGAGGAGCUGGCUGGCACGUCUCCCCCUUGGGGACGGGGGGUGGCACUGCAGGAGGGCACUGACUCCGACAGACAGGAUACGCACUUGUCCCCAGGCCCAUUGUGUACAGAGAAUGGGAACGGAAGCAGCUAUGGCAGUGGGCCGGUAGUGGCUCCCAGUAAGGCCAGCCCGGAGUGGCUGUCCUCAGGGGCGGGGGACAUGCGCUUUUCCAGCCCCGGCUCCGGCCUGUCCGGCCUGUCUGGCUCCAUCCUGUCCCGUACCUCAGAGUCGGCCCUCUCCACACUGUCAGGAUACUCCACCGAGAGAGACAGCCAUCGCUCACUGCUCUCCCCACACAUGUUUAGUGCAGCUGAUUUCCUGGUCAAUCCUCUAGAGCCACAGAACGCAGAUAAGAUCCGCAUCAAGAUAGCUGACCUGGGCAACGCUUGCUGGGUGCACAAACAUUUUACAGAGGACAUCCAGACCCGACAGUACCGUGCUCUGGAGGUCUUGAUCGGUGCAGAAUAUGGUCCCCCAGCUGACAUAUGGAGUACCGCCUGCAUGGCGUUUGAGCUGGCCACCGGGGACUACCUGUUCGAACCUCACUCAGGAGAAGACUACACCCGAGAUGAAGAUCAUAUUGCCCACAUAGUUGAGUUGCUAGGAUCCAUUCCACCCCAUUUUGCCCUCUCCGGACGGUAUUCCCGGGAAUACUUCAAUCGCAGAGGCCACCUGCGGCACAUCUCCAGCCUGAAGCCAUGGGGUCUGUUUGAGGUGCUGCUGGAGAAAUACGAGUGGCCCCUGGAGCAGGCGGCCCAGUUCAGUGACUUCCUCCUCACCAUGCUGGAGUUCAUCCCCGAGAAGCGGGCCACUGCUGCCCAGUGUCUGCGGCACCCCUGGCUCAGCUCCUAGUCAGUGUGCCUCUGCUCUGCCACCUCAGAAACAGCAGGGAGCAGACAGGGCCUCAGCCACCUCACAGACAGAGGGAGACGGGGCUUCAGCCACCUCACAGACAGAGCGACGGGGCCUCAGCUACCUCACACACAGAGGGAGAUGGGACCUCAGCCACCUCACAGACAGAGCGACGGGGCCUCAGCUACCUCACACACAGAGGGAGAUGGGACCUCAGCCACCUCACAGACAGAGCAAUGGGGCCUCAGCUACCUCACACACAAAGCAAUGGGGCCUUAGCCACCUCACACACAGAGCGAGAGGUAGACGAAGCCUCAGCCUUGUCACUACUGCUACCCACACACAACAUACACACACAGGCAUGAUUCAAGGGUUGACGUUUGCUUCUGAAGUGAAAUUGGUCACAAAAGGUCUGACCUGAAAAUUAUUUUUUUCCCCCUCUUUUUUAAAUCACAAUAUUCAGCAGUUACAUCCUUUCGCCGUUUUACGUUUUAAUAAUAGUGCCUUGAUCUUUGUGAGUAAAAUAGGUGUAGUCCAAAACAAAGAAAUGCCUUUACUUUUGAUACAUGUUGCGAGUGACGUGGGGAUGCAUUGCAGUGGCCAUUGCUGUAUGGAAGCAAAGCUAAGAAAACAACCUGUGUACUUAAUAAACAUUUAAGAAGCAAA